UUUGCUUUAAUAUGGUGUUGUUACGAGCUGAAGUAGAAUGAUAAUUUUGACUAUUUAUCACCAUUACUUAUAAUCUGUUUCUGUAUUUGUGAAUGGCAAAAGUCUGGAGUUAGGUUGUGUGUGUUUCGUUGCUCCUGAAAUGUUGUGAACAACUUUCAUGAUUAGAGAAACGUGUGCCUUCUCAAGGAUGCACGGGAUCAAAUGAUGGAACAACAAAUCCAUAAUUCCUGUUGAUCCCUUUUUUAGCAGGAGAGAGGCACGAUGCAGCGUGGAAGCGCAGGUCGAAGAUCAUGUGGGAGCAAUGGUGGAAGUGGAAGUAAGAUCGCUGGCAUGUAUGACCUGGAGGAGACACUUGGUCGAGGUCAUUUUGCAGUUGUCAAGUUAGCACGUCAUGUUUUUACAGGCGAAAAAGUCGCGGUUAAAGUUAUCGAUAAAACUAAGCUUGAUGAUGUUUCCAGAGCGCAUCUCUUCCAAGAGGUUCGUUGCAUGAAACUUGUCCAGCAUCCGAAUGUUGUGCGUCUGUACGAAGUGAUAGAUACCCACUCGAAACUCUACCUCAUCCUCGAAUUAGGAGAUGGAGGAGAUCUGUAUGAUUACAUAAUGAAACACGAGUCUGGUCUCUCUGAGGCUGUAGCGCGGGACUAUUUUGCUCAAAUAGUUCGCGCCAUUUCAUACUGUCACCGUCUACACGUAGUUCAUCGAGACUUGAAACCAGAAAAUGUAGUAUUUUUUGAACGUCUCGGAAUAGUCAAAUUAACUGAUUUUGGGUUCAGUAAUAGAUUCAAUCCUGGGCAAAAGCUUGAAACAUCAUGUGGUUCAUUGGCAUACUCAGCUCCAGAAAUUUUACUCGGUGACUCAUAUGAUGCUCCAGCCGUGGAUGUCUGGUCUCUUGGAGUUAUUUUGUAUAUGUUAGUAUGUGGACAAGCUCCUUUCCAAGAAGCCAAUGAUAGUGAAACACUUACUAUGAUUAUGGACUGUAAAUACUCUGUUCCUCACCAUGUUUCUGAAGAAUGCGCAAGACUUAUUUCUCGCAUGCUGCAACGAGAACCUGAGAAAAGAGCAACUCUAGCUGAAAUAGCUGCUGAUCCGUGGUUGGCCCAAGCAGAAAUGGAUGAUUACUCUGUGCCCCUUAUUUCAAGGCAGAAUAUCAGUGAUGAAGAGCAUGCUGCUAUCGUUCAAAAAAUGGUCAAUGGAAAAAUAGCAACCAAAGAAGAAAUCCUAGAAGCAUUGGAAAAAGAUGAGUACAAUCAUAUCACGGCUACUUAUUUCCUCCUGACUGAGCGGAAAUUACGAGCACAUCUGGAAGCUAUUCAGAAAUCAACAUCUCACGGAAGAAAUGUACUUGUGCCGGAAGUGAGAGUAGACUCUUGUCAAGAAGCUGAAUCUGCACCCAGAAAUCGAGUAAAUCAAAACUAUUUAUCAAUGUCACGAUCUCCUGGUGAAGUGCAGCGCACAAGAAAGUGCAGCAUUGUCGCUGAAGAGGAAGAUGACGAAGAUGAAACGUCAAGCCACGACAGCUCGCAUCAAUCAGGGCUCGGGAGGCGAGGAUCGCGUUCAGAAGGGAAACUUAAUCUGGCUGUGCAAGAGAUCAGGCGAGAAGCUAUCCCAACAAGCAUCAUUACAGAAGCAAGCACUGCUCCCGAACCUCUGACAUCAAAAAUCCCACAAAGACCUGUCAAAACACUUCCCUCGCCUCUCCCCUCGGCACUGAGCAGUCCGCAACUCGGACUCAAAGAGAUCUACGAGGAGGGAGCAAAUCCGACAAAUCCCAAAUCCAGUACGAGGACUUUUGUUGGCUACGAGCAAAGACGGAACAAGUUCCGCAAAGCACGCACAGCUUCAUGCAGCUCAUCUGAUGCCAGUGAUGAGGAUUCAGAGAGUCGCAAAAAACGUAGUAGCUCAAAGUCAUUACACCGGAGAGACUUCCAAGAUCCAGGGGGAAAUGGUGGUUCAGCAGGUGGCAAUGGACCUCAGAAUCCCUUCCAAGAUCCUCCUAAUGAUGGUAGCAACAGUCAAAACAACAGCAGUAGUAAAUCUGAUUCAAACGAUAACACUUUCGGCUCUGGGACUGUCCAUGGUAGAAGACACUGCAUUGGGGGUAGACGCCGAGGGCGAGGCUGUGAGACUCGAUUACGUGAAAGUCAGUCGUUGAACCGAAUCACGGAAGUUCAAGAAGCAGAAGCGCCUCUCAACCCGCCAAAAGCUGAAGUCCCUGAUGAUUUGAAUUUGAAUCGACUAUCGAUCACUGUGGAGAAAGACAAUAUAAAUGCUCCUAGCAUACACCACCACAAAAAGAAUAGUUCAAAAAGGCACGCUAUCAUUGGGCGCUAUCUUAAUUUUCAGCGGAAAAUCUGCGUACCCAUUUUUGGUAAAACGAAAUUUCAUAAACCUCAAACAUGUCUUGUAAACAACCGGAAUGUGAAUAAGGACAUCAACCAAAAUCUUGGCCUCCUUGGACUGUGUCAUGUAGAUCUCGGCCCAAACAAUAAGUGCUCCAAUCCGUGCUGACUGUCAAAUCAGGAUAAAUUAUUGGUGUCUAUGACAUAAUCCACGGUUCUGAAGAUUCAAAUAUCCUCAUCAAACGGUGCAAAUUUUUAACUUUAGGGAUUCGGCAUCACGCUUUUCUGCAUGUCGCUCUAUUCAGCCGCAAAUGACCUGGAAUCGAGUGUUUAACACAAGUCAUUUAUUUUAACAUUUAUUUUAUCCUCUACAUGAUUCGUGUUGCUGUCAUAGAGUGUACUGCUCAUCUAUAAAGUUUAUAUAAUUAUUACUCAUUAGAUAGUUGUUUCAGAAACACAGUAUUUUCUGUGUAUUCUUGUUUAUAAUCAGUGAUGUUACAGCUGCAUUCAUUACCUCUGUUUCCUGUUUUAUCAUUGUUGAGGUUUUCUGUUAUCAAAGACUCUAGAACUCGUAGGUUUUUAUUAUAUUAUCUGAUGAAAGCAUCUUUCAACUUCUGCCAACCAUUGUGUUAGCAUUUUUAUCGCAUAUAAGACAAGCUUUCGUCAUCGGGAACAAUAUGUAGUAGGAAUAUAUCAAUCCAUUAUCCAGUCUACAAUUGAUGCAUGGAUGUUCAAGAACAGAAACCAACACAAAAUAUCCACGUCCUUUUUUGUUAUAAACUGUAGUGGAUUUAUUUUCUGUGUUAGAACUGUCCUCCUUUUUUAGAGUUAGAAUGUAAUUUAAAGGAUUUCCUAGUCAAAAUGAUUUUUAUCAGCAAGUAGAUUUUAGAAUCUGACUUUGGAACACAACAUAUAAAGAAGAAGAAGAAAAAAUGUGUCAGAGAUCUCUCGUGCAUGUGUGAGGAAGCCUGGAAUUUUAAGUCGUCUUUAAUCAUCCUUUUCUCCUCACUUGAUUUUCAGUCUUAGCAUUUAAACAUUUUUGUUUCAAUCUUAUUAGUUGGUCAUUGAUUGUUGAAUAUUUUAAAAUUUAAGUUUGUUUUUGUUUGUUUUACUUGUUGUCUUGUACAGUUUUUAAAACCUCUGGUCGCUCUCGCUUGAAAUUUGUACAGUUUUAAAAUCUCCCUUCUGCUUUUUAUUUUUCCCCUUUUAACAGAGCAUGGAGCAUGUCUCUGUUUUAUUUUAAGCUCUUAAUUUUUAAAGAAAAACAGGCUCUUUUUUAACAACCCUAUUGAAGGCAUCCUUGCUGACUACCCAAUUUUACAGAGAUAAUUUUGAUGAAUUUAUUAGGAUAAUUUUAUGAAUUUACCGUCCACCCUUGGGGAGUGAAUUUAUUCUCUUCAAAGUUGCCAGUUUGGGCACUCAUGAUUUUAAUUUUCUUGCGUAUGAUUGCAUGCAAUUUUGAUAUCUUGAUGGCAGUAUUUUUUCAAUUUUGCGACUGUCCGUAAACAAAGCGCUUUUAUUGCUCCGCAAGAGGGAAAAUGUUGUAGCUUGAAGUGAUUUGAUCAAUUCUGCAGUUUGUAUAUUUCCGCAAAAAAAAAAAAAAAAAAAAAAAAAAAAAAAAAAAACUGAUAAUAUAUCUUUUCAAUACUCAUUUAUAUCAUUGUGCAGAAGCACUUAAGUUACCUGUACUUAAAAAUUAAAGGAAAUUGAUAUCUUUUUCUCAAGAAAAAACAGCAAACAAAGUCUGAAACCCAAAAUUAUGGUUUUAUCUAGUGUUGUUGUGUUGUAUCUUGUUUGUAUCUUUCUACUUUACAUUUACCAGGUAUUUCAAUGAGAUUUCCCCAGGUGUCAGUGGCUAUUCAGUUUUAAAGUCUAUCCAAAGGUUUAGUUUAGUCACUUUUUUUUCUUUUGUAAAUCUGAUUGUAAUUUUUGAAUCCCAUCAUGUUUUUCCUGCUGCAGCAGCCGGUUGUCUUCACCUGAUUUUCAAUUUUAAAUGGAAGUAAGACCAAUGGACAAAUAUUGGAAGAUUCCAUUUGAUUUUUCCCAGGUUUGGAGUCACUGAUGAUGAAAUAAAUUAAUCUCUCUCAAUCAUA